AUGCAACCUCUCUCCAAGCUCCUCUCAAACCUCAACCUCCACUCCGGCAAAGGAAACCUCUUCAUCCGCAGCAAGAACAUCGAGCGGGAGGAGAUUGAAGGAGGCGAUUGUGAUGAAGGGGAACCGGUGAUUGAGGGGAUAUUGGUCAAAAGCUCAUGCUUUAGAGGUGGAAUCUGGGUAGGGUUUGUGGCAGGUGGAGAAGGUAAGGGGAGAAUCAAAACCCAACAGAGUUGA